AUGGUCGAGGGACCGGCGAAACCGAAACAACAAUUUGAAGGUAAUACCAAAAACAAGAGCCAUGAAGGUCCAGCAAGGAAGGUGAGAAACGAUGAAGAUUCACGUAAGCCGCAAGAAAAGCAAAGAGUAAAGUUUCCCAAGCUGAAUAUUGGACUUGGGGAACUUUUUAAGAAGAUUAAAGACUCGCUGCCCAUUCUAGAGCCCCUACCAGCGGAAACAAGGGAUAAGAGAGAUAAGAAUAAGUAUUUUUCUCAUCACAAAGAUCAUGGGCACAAUAUAGAUACUUGUCGUGCUCUUGCAGCGGAAGUCCAGAAAAUGAUUGAAGAAGGAAAGCUGCAACAGUAUGUGAAGAAUAGUCCGGCACAAGUCAACACACUGGCCAACACUCUAGAUUUACGAGAGAUUAGAGUGAGCCACGCAAGAGUUAACACAACUUCGAGAAAGGCUCAGGAGAAUGCUACACGGUUGAAGUUACAUCAUAUUAACGAUUGGCGAGUAUCAAACAAGGUCGAUUAUGCCAGUCUGAUUGGUACGAAGACCUUGGAGGAGGGGAAGACUAAGAUUUCUUUUUCGAACGCUGAUCUUGCUGGAGUAUAUCAACCACAUAAUGAUGCAAUCGUGAUUCUAGGUCUCAUUGGGAUGUAUAAGGUACGUCGAGUUCUGGUUGAUACUGGAAGUUCAAUUAACGUCAUAUUCUCGGGAGCAUACUCUUCAAUGAAUUUGAGCGAGAGUCAAGUUGAAGCAGAUGAUAACCCUAUCAUUGGAUUCAGUGGAGAAACGAUGACAGCAAUAGGAAGGAUUAAUGUGCCUACGAUGGUGGGAGGAAGGACGGUUAUGCAAUAUUUCUCGUUGCUAGAUUGCCGUGCACCCUACAACGCUAUCUUAGGGCGUGAUUGGAUCCAUGCAAUGGAGGCGGUAACUUCCACUGUCCACCAGUGCUUGAAGUUCAUUACUCCAGCAGGGGUGAUGAAGGUUAGAAGCGACCAGGUGGCAUCUCAUAAAUGUCACGAAAGCGCAAUGGAGGAGUAUAGAAAGUCAGAACUAAAGGGUUCAGAAAUACUCCAGGUGGAAAAGAAAUUGUAG